GAGUGGUACUCGCGGGAAAAAUGGCGGAAACGUGAAAUGCUCUUCACGUUAUCAACAUCAGUGUUUCAAAACAUUGCCUUUAAAGACGUCCCCUGUGCUCGUCAGUACACGUGUGACACACCUGCGUUAUUUGAGACUCUAAAUAAAAAAAGAGAUGCAAGAUGCAAAAAGAUUCAGUGCACAUCUCCACCUCAGGCACCUUGACACACCUUCAAGCCGCCACUCAAGAACCCCAGCUCAAGUCUUUACAGUGUAGUCACUGUUCUCUCGUCUUUAACUCCAAGGUCUACCUUUUCGAACACCUCAACAAGGUUCAUGACUUCAGUGUAGAUGCUGCUCUCACAGAUGCCAGUUUAAAACAAGCUGGGACUGACCAAACCGAAACUGACAUCAAAGGCAACAAUUCAGGAGAAUAUUUUGAAUGCCAGCGUUGUGGUUUUAAGGCUUUUAGUCUGGAUGUUUUAAAAGAACACGAGAAACGGUGUCAAAGAAAAUCAGAGAAUCAGAAUCUAAGUCAAGUCAUUUCUGAAAACCAAAAGUGUCAAGUUGUUCUGAAAAACCACACAGACGCUGAAGGAGCUCAAGAGAUUCCGUCACUUAAUCCAGUGAAGUCCACCGCAACAACCAAAUGCACACCAAACUCAUCAAAGGACCUGAAAACAUACAAAAGGCCGUUGCAAACCAUCACCAAGUACUUAGUGGCGUCUUCUGGAAUUAAACGGGAAUCCCCAGUACAAUCAGAUGAUUGCUCAAUGUCUCUAGAUGGCUCAAAAGAAACCCUCCUUUUGCAAGAGUCUCCCUCAAACUCCAGCCCAAACAGCAGUGGUGUGUUUAAAGUCACUGCAAUGCCCACGAUUGAUAUCACGGAAAGGGAUUCUACCCGGUUCUUGCUCGAUGAUCCCUUUCCUGGUGCUAACCUGAAACCGCCAAAGCUUCAGGGACAGUUAAAAAAAACAGUCUUGAACUAUGUUGACAAGAGGCCCAAGAAUGGAAGCUCGGGAGGCCCUCCUGUGAAAAAAGCAAAGUCAGACAAAAACCUUCCAGAGAAAGCAAAUGCAAGUAAACAUCAGUCAUCAAGCAACAAAGAACUGUCACUGGAAUUCAGCGAAGGUGAAGAGGAAAGGAAUCUGGAGGACAUGGAUGUGGAAACCUCAACAGUUUAUAACUGUAAGCGUUGUGAUUUCUGUGCCGUUGGCAUCAGACCUUUGUCCACCCAUUAUCAAAACAGUCACCCUCACAUAAGAUAUAAUGCUGUCUACCUCAAGGACCCAACUGAUCAGAGUGCGACGUUUCGUUGCCUGGAGUGUCCGAUUGAGUUUUCAAAUGAAGCUGAACUCAAAAGACAUUGCACUGAAAAUCAUCCAGAGGCCUUGCGUGCACUCACAAUGCAAUCACAUGGCCACAGUUUGGUUUUUAAAUGUUUUGUGUGUUCAUUUACCACAGAUGCAUUGAAGGCCUUAAAAGAACACUACAGGGAAAAGCACCCAACACAGGAAGUGGAUAAUUCUUUGAUGUACUGCAGAUAUUCUGCAAGUAGAUAUCAAGAAGAGGAUGAAUCUCGGUUGGUUGAAUGUGAAAAAGUACCAAGCCCUGAAAGAACAGAAGACAUUUCUGCAGAGAGUGUCCAUGUACCAUGCAACAAAGUCAGAAAAACACCCUCGCCCCAACAUCCCAACUCCAUUGAAGCAGACAUGUCAUUGUAUCAUUGCAACAACUGCAAGUUUAGUCAUAAGUCACUAAUUGUGAUGCAUGUCCACUACCAAAGAAGCCACCCAGAUGAAGCUGUCACAAUAGACACAAUCAAGCAGUCAGCAUCCGUCUCAUCGCAUACAAAAUUGCAGAUGACUUCAGGUAAGUCUCCGGACUCUGUGAUGGAAAAGUCUACACCCACAAAGAGCAACACAGAUUCUGAGACACCAAAACAUAAAAACAAGCUGUCAUUGAAAAGGUUCAAAUUGUGUUUGAGAAAACCUAUGCGCACCCAAGAAGCUUCCAAAACCCAUUCGGAGUCUCCCAAAAGCACGAAAGUGGAAUCUGCAGAGGACAGAAGUAAGGGAACAGUAUCACCUACCACACAAGACACAGAAAGGUCUUAUGAUUUGGAUAGUUUAUCAGUUGGCAAUUCACCAGAGAAGUUGUUCUACUGUCAGCGUUGCUGCUAUUCCAGUACCAAUAUUAAAAGUGUUCUUGGACAUCAUAACACAAAACACUCUGGAAGUGAAAGAACAGAUAUUAUAGAGAUUGCAUUAUAUAGUACUGAAAUGCAGAAAAGGAAGCAAAUUCAGUUAAGUCCAAGUUCAAUCCCCGCUGAUUCUGAAGUCUGUGAGCAAGUUGAGGUUUGUGGUGGAACAGAACAUCAGCACAUGGAGGGGAAUUCAACGAAGAUAUCAGUGGUGGAGUCCAAUGCUUAUGCACACCCGGACAACUUGUUCUACUGUCAAAAGUGCAACUUAGGAAAUCCAACCAUAAAAGGAGUACUGAACCAUCAAAACAAAGCUCAUAGAAACAUUAAAACCAAAAGAGAAUGUAUUAUUAAACACACAGCUUUGGUCCGUGAUCAAAUCCAAAAGUCAAAAUCCCAAGAAAAUGGCUCUGCUUAUCGUCUACCUCUUCCUGUAUUAAAUGAGGGGGAAACAGAUGUGUUUUUCUGCCACUUCUGCAAUUAUAGACACCGUUUUUUGAAAGAGGUACUGCGUCAUUAUGCCACCAGACAUCCUCGAUUUAAGGUAAAGGAUGAACGAAUUCGCCGGUAUUCUUCUCUGAUCCACGAAAAGAUACAGAAAUCGCCCCGAAAAUCACCCGAAAACCAAGAGGUCGCGCAUGAAUCCCUUGGUGCAAAGGAGGAAAAAAAGAUCAAAACAACGGAGGGUAGCAAAGUGUCAGAAUCACCAUCAACGACGGCCUCACAAAUACUGAGGACCCUAAAGUGCCGUGCAUGCCAGUACAAAACUCAACAUGUGUAUCUUUUGAGAAGGCACUUGAAGCAAAUUCACAAGGCAAGCCGCACAGUCACUGAAAUUUUGAGAAUGUGUUAUAAACAAGGAGCUAUACCGGCAGGGUAUCACUGUGACAUGUGUGUAUUUUCUCACCAAACAGCUAAAGCAAUCUAUGAACAUUACAAGGACAAACACAAAAAACAACCAAGCCUUGAGUUUGUCAGUACUCGGUUACAUGUAGGCCCAAAAUCAGGCCUAUCUAAAAGGAAGGAACAGCAGAUUGAGGGAACUGAUAUUUUAAUAGAUGGGGAUGUCACUGAUGACAGUUUAGCACCUCAAAGAUCUAGACCUAAUGAAAACAGGGUGUAUUCCUGCAAAGCAUGUUCUUUUAAAAGUCACUCAAUGUCAAAUAUCACACAACACUACCGGGCGGUCCAUCCUUGGUCUGUGAAAGAGGAUGGCUCAGUCCUGGAUGUCAUCGACAGCAGGAAGCCUGGUGCAAACAGGCAGGUGGAAGACCCCAGUGACAUACCUGUUGCUCUCGACAAGUACCAAGUGCCACUUGAAUUUGACAACUCACCUGGUACACCUAAUAAAGUGACAAAAUCUUCCAAAAAGAUCAUCAAUUAUUGCCCUGCAAAGUUUCAUACCCAGCUCCGCCUUGAUACCCACAUUGGACUCAAACACCGAGAAUCUGAAACUGAAACUGAAAAUUCAAAUGAACACGGAGAAGAGCAAAUGCAAAUCCAAACAAGUUUCCAUCUUUUCUCAUGUCCACAUUGUCCCUAUGUGAACACCAUUUAUCAUGGAGCGCUCAAUCACUGCCAGAUGAAGCAUCCUGGCGCUGAAUCCAGUGCAGGUAGUUUUCUUGUGGAUGGCGAUGAUUUAAAGAAGUUAAGGGACUGUUUGAAAAGAAAAGGUCCGGGUGUGAGAGUCAGUGGGUACAUGUGCAAAACCUGCCCACAAAUCUAUGCAACACUGGAGAAGGUGGAGAGGCAUUUCAGGAACUUCAAUCAUGGAAAUGUGGCUAAAGCUGUGCCAACGAAGCUCAAACCGCCUCCUAAACUAUCAGCUGUUAUGAAACAAACAAAGGCUAAGCUCCGUAGCAAUAAGGGAUUCAUGUCGAAAGCCCCAUUUUUUAAGAACAAACAGUUGAUGAUAAAGUGUCAUCAUUGUGCUUACAAGUGCACCACAAAACUUGGGCUUGGUCGACACGUUCUUCUUAGCCACAGUAAUGAAUCUGCAGCAAAGGCAGAUGAUCCUCCCUACAAGUGUGCCCUGUGCUCCAAUGCCUAUUUCAGAAAAAAACUUCUUGGAACCCAUUAUGCUAACAAACAUGGAAAAGAAAGCCUCGUCAAAUACUUUGUACCGCUAAACAAGCAGGUUGACAUGAAGCCCAAGCCAGCAUCUGCGGACUGCUCUUUAACCCAGCAUCAACAAAACGAUGUCAAAGCAAAUAAACAAAGAACAACGACGGAGGAAAACAAAAUAUGGAUGUUCAAGUGUCCAUACUGUACCUAUGUGAAUGCAAGCUACUUUGGAAUUCUCACUCACUGCCAAAUGAGCCACCCAGGCUCCUCAGCCAGGGCAGAUGAUCUUCAGGUGGAGGAAAUCCUUGUUACCAACAUGGUUGGUUUUUCAAAGGGAAAAAGCCCUAAUGUCCGAGGUUACAGGUGUAAACGGUGUCCACAAAUUCAUGUAUCAAUGAAAAAACUAAAAACCCAUUGUGAGAGCGACCAUGGUACGACUGAGACAACGUCUUCCAAACUUGUACUUACAAUAAAAAAAACACAAAAACAACAGGAUUACAGCUUCCAGCAUUCGGUAUUGGAGGCUUUCUCUUUAAAAAAUGACACAUCAGCUGUGAGCAUCAUAGAAACUGACCGCAGUCCCCAACUGGACGCUCCUGAAAUCGGUGACGCGAACACAACAUCAGUUCAGAACAAGGAAAUGCCAUACGAGUGCCACAUUUGUUCCUAUAAAGGCAGCUUUCGAAGAUACCUGCAAAGUCACUACAGGAAAUGUCACAAAAUUGAUGCAUUGACUACACACAAGCUGCUGCAGAAGUAUAACAAGCGCACACACAAGACGGAAGACCAGUUGGAAGCUCGACCUGAGGAAACUGCCGCAGUCGAAUGUAAGAUGUGUCCAAAUGUAACGUUUGACUCCCCUGAGCUGCUUAUUGCCCACUUUAGAACCGCUCAUAAUUCAGAUCGCAUUCUGGACUUCAUUAUUUUAUCAAGAGGAUCAAAGAGGACCACUGGGCUUUACAAAUGCCUCCACUGCAAAAAACAAUUGAACGGAAUUAGUAAGAUGUGCUAUCAUAUGGACCGCCACAGAGAGAGGGAGAGUAUGAAGUCAAAGGAUGCAAAGAUGGAGACAUCAGAUGUCGUAAUGACGAUCCCCGAGGACAGAGCCGUCGAACAAGGUGAACUGCCUGUAGUGGAAACUUUGGAGGAACUUGAGUGGGAUGGGGCACCAGUGGAGAUCAUGACUUUGCCAACAAGCCCUCUGUCGUCACCGACAAAACCAACAGAUCAGGAGCAACCAGAGGAGGAUUCAAGAGACGACCUCCCUACCUGCCAACAGUGUGGGCGGACUUUCAUGUCAGUGAAAGGUUUGCGCUCACACGAGCGUAGCCAUGCAGCAUUUGCGGCCAUCAAGAAACACACACUGCCUGCGUCAGUCCCAAGGCACAAAAUUAACAAGUACAUCAUCUAUAAAUCUGGUACCACAAAGCCUUUUGUGUGUAGUUUCUGUUCUUAUCGGACAAACGUCAUGGGCCUGUGGAGAAGACAUUUCAUGAAAAGUCAUCAAGAUAUUCUUGAGGAUCCGACUGACGCUGAAGACCAGGAUGAGGGCGGCGCUCAGAGCGACGUGGAGCCCAAUCCAUCAGAAGAAUGGAGCGAUAUUCCUACACAUGAUGAAAAACCUGAAACGAAUAAAAGCAAGUCCAACCUGUUGUUCAUUUUAGUCAAUCAUAUUUCAUGUAGCUGUUGAAAUGUACAUUAAACACACUUUUUAUUAACUUCACCAGGAUCCCUGUACUCGGAGCCUCCAAAUGUGCAGCAGCAGUUGAACCAAUAUAACUUAAUGGCACAGGUCGGUGCGUCAUCAAAAGUGACCAUGAAGGUAACCAGGUUAUCUAACAGCAGCGUGCUUUAUUGUGAGCUCUGCAACUUCAACACCGAACACCUGAGCAGUAUACGACGGCACUACUCAAAUCGCCAUGGAAAGAAGCUCCACAAGUGCAAGGACUGUGAAUUCUUUACUUGUUCAAGGAAAACCCUGAAAGUGCACAUGGACAGGGGCCACUCAGCAUGCCCGUCAGAACCUACUCAUCAGAAAGACAUCUGCUGCCCUUUCUGCCUUUACCAGACCAAAAACAAGAACCACAUGAUCGAUCACAUCAUCUUGCAUCGGGAGGAACGCUUGGUGCCAAUCGAGGUGCGACGCCCGAAGCUGUCGCGUUACCUUCGAGGCAUGGUGUUCCGCUGUCACAAUUGCACUUUCACAUGCGGCAACGCUGAAAACCUGCAUUUGCACAUGAUGAAGCACGAUGACGUCAAACCCUACAAGUGUCGACUGUGCUUCUUCGACUGCACUCAGCUCAGCGACUUGGAGGCACACCUGAGUGAUAAACAUCAGGUCAUAAGGAAUCAUGAGCUUGUCGGUCAGGUCAGCCUGGAUCAGCUAGAGGCGAGGGGGAGAAGGACGCCAGGAGAUGAAGAGGAGCUCUCGGAUGACUCGAAGCGACACAACAAGGAGACGAUAAAAACGGAGGAGAUCGGCACAGACUAUGAUGAAGUUCAACAGCAGAUGCGAGCUAAAAAUCCUGGAGAGAAUGAGAUGAUGGAGAUAAUGACCUUUAAGAUCGAGGACGAUUACCAGCAGCAGGAUAUGGAUGGCACCAAAAGAAAUGAAGAAGGACCUGAGAGUUUAUUAUCAGACCUGGAAAAUACUGUGGACCAAAAUAUUGGUGAAAGCAUGGAAUUUGAGGACUGCAAAGGUCCAGAGAAAGAGAUGCAGACGAAGGAGAACACAGCCCGCACCUCACUGAGAGAUUGUGGAGGCAGCAGUACGAGGAGCACGCAUGAAAACAAACAGGAUGAGAGCUUGUGGGUGAAUGUAGCCAAAAACUCACAACUCCAUAUUGAGGGGCUUCAGAAAAAUGUGUGCAUCACCGAGGACAGUGUAAAAAACAACACACUUGACGAGAAUCUUGAGAUUCACAUGAUGGUCGAUCCGGAGCGAGAGAUCAAGACGGAGCAGGAGAUAAUGUAUGCAGAGAGCACCAUCGGCUUUGCCAACAACCAAAACAGUCGGUUUAAUACGGAGGCAAACAAAAGUCAAAGACCAGAAACUACCGCCAGGGCUCAAGAGAGUUUUACGUUUAAUAAUGAUCUGCUACCUUCAGUGUCCAACUGUGCACAGUUCAGAAUAAGCCACCAGGAGAGCUUAGGUGUGUCAUUGACACAGUGCAAUGAAAAGCAAAUGCGCGAGCGGCACAACAGUGAGCAGCUCGGAGACCAAUAUGGAGAAAUGCCCGUACUUAAGAAGGAAUAUCUCCGAGAAGAAAUGGACCAUGUAGGCUGCUACUUGGCUGGAGAUCACAAUUAUUAUCGAAAGCAAGAGCAGGACAAAGAGAAGAUGAUCCGUGAAGAUGAUGCAGAUCAGGAACAUGUGGAACGUGAUGGGAUAAAGGAUGCAGAUAAACCCCAUGUGCCCAAAGGUGCACUUCCUGUCACAGAUGGAGCUGCUGAAGGCGGCUGCCCUGUAACCACAGAGGACAAACGGUUUACCUGUGAGCUUUGUGGACGAAACCUCAUGAACAGCUUUGAUCUACAGCGACACGUGCUGCGACAUGGAAUAUAACGUCUUUCUUUGUUGUUGACAAUAAAGAGGGCUGUCCACUGUUGUUUAUGUGUGGAGAGCUACAUCUUUUAAUAAACAGUCAUCUGCAUAUUUACUCUACUGUUUAUUUCUGAGCAAUCCGGUUUAAUUUUUUUUUUUUUUUUUAUGUCUUAGAUUAUUAAACCUUUUCUAAUUAUGUAUUUUACGAUAGCAAAGGAUCGUAAUUACGUGAUUCAAGGAAUGAGCUUCAGAACCAAUAUGAGGGGACUGUUAAAUGUGUGACACAUUGUCAUUAUGAUCUUCUGAGUUAUAUUAUUUAAAGACACUAAGGAAAAUCUUUGAAUAACCAUGAUGCAAAGAAUGUCAUUUUCUACUCCUGUACUUUGUUUGAAGGGAGAGAUGUGAUAGUGUUCAUUCUGUUAAACAUGCAAAAAAAACAAGUAUUUACACUGAAUUACUGUUUCAAUGAACUGGACCAACCUCAAUACCACAGAUUGUGGAAACGCUUAUGCUGCAUUCAGGUGCUGUUGGUUAUUUGAAUACAAGUUGUCUACUUUGCCAGGGAGCAAGUAUUUUUUUAUUUUAUUUUUUGCCCAGUGGCACAAUGUAUUUAGUCUUAUUCAUAUCAUGUAAAUAUUAAACUUCUAUUAUGUUUUUAAUCUUUUCAUCCCAGGAUAACAUUUUAUGGUUCUUGUAUGUAUAAUUAAAGUGUUAUUGUUGACUGACA